CGCAGGCGCAGCAUCAUGUGAUUUCCCCCUUUCCAACAUGGCGGCGCCCAGGUCUUCUGUUCGGACACUUCACCUCUUACAGAAUACAGGCUUGAAAAGGAUUUUCUCUGGUAUUCAACCAACUGGGAUCCCUCAUCUGGGAAAUUACCUUGGCGCUAUCGCAAGUUGGGUCAAGCUACAGGAGGAAUGCAACUCUGUAUUAUACAGCAUUGUAGACCUCCACUCCCUCACGGUACCAAAAGAGCCAAUGGUUUUACGCACGGGCAUCCUAGAUAUGACUGCUGUUCUCCUUGCCUGUGGCAUAAAUCCACAGAAGUGCUUCAUUUUCCAGCAAUCUCAGGUGCCUGAACAUACAGAGCUGGGCUGGAUUCUGGGGUGCCUCACAAGCAUGCCACGUCUGCAACACCUUCCACAUUGGAAGGUAAAGAAUGCCAGCCAAAUGAAUGAUGGAACAGUUGGUCUGUUCACCUAUCCUGUUCUUCAAGCUGCAGAUAUUCUUCUCUACAAGUCAACACAUGUUCCUGUUGGAGAAGAUCAAGUCCUGCACUUGGAGCUGACCCAAGAUACAGCCCGAUGCUUCAACAGAAAAUUUGGGAUAUUCUUCCCAGUGCCCAAAGCCAUUCUAACCACAACAAAGAAAGUGAGGUCACUCAGAGAUCCCACAUCCAAGAUGUCAAAAUCAGAUCCUCAGAAGUUAGCCACAGUGAACAUAACAGAUAGCCCUGAAGAGAUAAUACUGAAAUUUCGUAAGGCUGUCACAGACUUCACCUCUGAGGUGACCUAUGACCCGGACCACCGCCCUGGUGUCUCCAAUCUUGUGGCCAUUCACUCUGCUGUCAUGGGGCUCAGCACAGAAGAAGUGGUACAUCAGAGUGUUGGCCUUGAUACCGCUCGCUACAAGGCAGUGGUAGCAGAGGCUGUCAUUGAGAAACUUGCGCCAAUUAGGAAUGAGUUCAUGAGACUAAAAGAAGAUAGAUCUUACCUGGAAAAGGUUCUACGGACUGGAACAGAAAAAGCAAAAGAACUUGCGGCCCCCACCUGCUGGGAAAUCAAAAGACUGGUGGGAUUGCAUUAACCCUGAGGAAAAGCAGCUAGCAUCUUUUGUGCUAGGAGUUCAGUCUUGGUUAUCUUAACUCCACUGUCUUACUAGAGGUUUUUUAUGUUUUUGGAUCCACAAGAGGAUUAGUAACCAAAUCAUUAUCUCACACUCCUUAAAUGGACCAGGCUGGGAGAUUCCAGAGAGCCAGACAAGGCAGAAGUCCAAGCUAAAGAGUGCUGUCCUCCUCAAAAGGUUUGUGUUGACUCAAAAACCAAAAUUUUGCUAGCUCAGAACUACCGUAUUUUUUUCCUGGAAGGAGCCUAUACAAAUAACAGUCUUUGGUACAUGCCCAGCCAAAGUCUGUAUAGACUCUUCAGUAACUUCCCUGUGAACCUGAGCUGUUGAUCAGAGUCUCUGUGGUACAGUGUCAUCUUUACCACUGGCUUUGGUUGUCCUCUCUGGCAGUCUAAAAUACCUCUUACACCAUGUUUUGUACUCAAGUAUAGAUAUGUCACUGCAAAAUACAUACCAUCUCUGUUAGAGGAUACCCGGUUGCAAGAUGUACCAGUCCCCCACUGGAACUGGGAAAAGAUAGGCUCCAUGCUUUGGGAUAUUUGAAAAGGGAAGGCUGAAGUUUCAUGUGUGUGCCCUUGCACCUGAAACAGUAUUGUGUACUUCUAUAUCAAUACCAGUACAUAAUUACAGCUUUUUGUAUGGCUUUUUGUACCAUAUAAACUGCAAGCCAUAACUGAAUUCCCUUCUUGCAUCUUCCUAGGAUUAUGUUUAGUUGAAGAGCAAUUUAUCCUGUUCAAGAGAGAGAUGAAACAGGUUGGGGAAGCUAGCCUGGCAGCACAGUCACCGCUUGGUAACAAAACUGGUCCUGAGCAGGACUUCUUGAAGCCUGCUGUGCCGCGCGUAAAAGUGUGGACAAAAGGCAACAGCAGUUCAGCUGUGGUCCCAGGAAAAUGUAGUGCAACGCCAACUUCAUUCUGCUUCAGUUUACUGACUUCACAUGUGGCACCAUCAUCCCUGGGCUCCUUUCUCCACCUUUUGUACUUGGACCCUGUCAUUUAGCAGUGCCAGGUCACAGUGUCGAGAAUGUGUGUGUACCUUUGAAGUCCCAGCAGGAAUGGGAAAUGAAGUAGCCACAGCUUCUCCCACCUGUUCCUCUCCUUUGGUUCUUCAAUCUGUUCCCCAACCCCCAGAGUAAUAGGGCAAAAUAUGGAGCCCUGUUCAUGACUGGACCGAUUAGGAAGACAGAUGGAAGCAAGAGGGAGAGGAACAGGUGGAAAGCUCUGCCUACUUCAUUUCCCACUUCAUCUGGGACUUUAAAUGAACACUCGUAUCUUGUGAGCUGCCAUGUGGCAACCCUACUCUCACAUGAUUGCCUUCUUCCCAGCUAUGAACAAGCUCCUUAUCCAGGCUCACUAUAGGUGCAUGUUUGGGGGGCGGGGGCGGAAUCAAACUCUUCAUUCUACGAGGGAAUGAGUAAACUGCACGCCUUCCUUGCAAAAUUAGUCAGCGUGAUAUCCAUUGGUAGCUGAUUUGAACACAGAGCUACAGUUAUAGCCAAAUAUUUUGUUCCUGCAGAGAGAGAUCAUAGUCAUGAUCAGCUGCCAUAGGUUUUAGUUCUCCAGUUCUGAACAGCCAGAUGAGGUGUGUUGCUGCAGAGAAGUUUGUGAAAGAGGCAGUUGGCAAAGUGUUAGAAACAGAUCAGUGCUUUCCUUACACUGCAUUAUCUUCUCCAGCUGUUUUUGAACCCACUGUAUUAUCAUGUGAAUGUCAUGCUGGAGGCUGAUAGCUGUAAAAAAAACCCUGACAAAAGAACAGUUGUGCCUAUUUUCUCUUUCUGAAAAUAGAAUGUAUAAUGAAACAGCCACUAUUUUCUGUUGCUGAAUCAACAAGAAGCCAUCGCUAACAAAAUGAUAGCUACUAAUCAAAUCAUCGUAUUUUUGUUUAUUGGAUUAUUAGUUCCAAUCCCUUAUUCUUACAUUCUUUAUUCCCAUAUUUGUAAGGCUGAAAGAUAACUGAUAGAUGUCCCAAAAUACCAUUACAGAAGUUGUAUUUUAAAUUUCGUGACUUAUUCCUGGUGGUGGUCCUUUCCCUGUGAGCCUGUCAUUUGCAUCUCAAAAAUCGGCAUGCACUUCAGCAUGUGUGAUACGCUCUCUAAAUAUUUCUGGUGAUAACUGAUAAAACAGACCAGCCAAGGUUUGGAGUGAAGAGAUACCACUCCGUGCCUUUCUUACAAAUACACAAGUGCAAGAAAGGGAGGUAUUAUUUGAGCAGUGCUCCAUUGACAUUUUACAGAAAUCGAGGAUCACAGUUGGAGCUGGGAAACCGACUUGAAAGUAGUCACAUUUUAAAUCAUAAGCAGCAGCAUAUGAGCAGCUGCCUUUACCUUAGCAGUAUAAUAUACAAGCAUUCAGUGACAGAGAAUCUGAAGCCCUAAUCAAGGAAAGAGAGGUGGCAGCCAUUGUCUUCUGCAGAGAAACUACACACAUUCUGAUUGUAUGGAUUGUGUGGAAUUUUCUAAUGUGACAGUGAGCUGUUAAAUUUUGGGGGAAGAGUAUUCUGCUUAGAAACCUCUGCAAACCCUUGCAGUGUUGUGAAUAACAGGGCCGAAGGCUGCAGUUCUACCCUCUGCAAGAGCAAAGUACAAAGCAGCCUCUCAGAAGAAGCUAAAGUAGCCACCCUUUCCCCACGAAAGGCACCUCUGUGCUCAGGUCCUGGGCUGAGCAUCCUGCAUCUAUUCCUCUCAACCAGCCUUUCCCAACCAGUGUGCCACCAGAUGUUGUUGGACCACAACUCCCAUCUUCCUGACCAUUGGCAAUGCUGGCUGAGGCUGAUGGGAGUUGUGGUCCAACAACAUCUGGAGGCACACUGGUUGGGAAAGGCUGCUCUAAACUGAGGCACAUUCAAACUUUGCCCGCCGUAUGUUUUGGAUAAUAAUUCUCAGUCAGUGCUGAGGGAUGAUGGAAGUGGUAGUCCAAAACAUCUUGAGGGUACCAGGUUGCAGAAGGCUUUCCUAAGGUAAGAUGUGAAGAGGCCUCUGUUUAAUAGAAUAGGUCUGCUGCAGUGCAACAUGCUCAACACACAAAUUGUGAUGGUUCCCCACUGGGUGAGAGGAGGCUAAAGUGGUGACUACACCACUCUGCUUAUGCCAAAUGCAGGAUCACAACCAAAGAUUCUUAGGUUCACCUAAAAGCAUUGUGGGUCAUGCAAGCAUCUGCCUGGCUCUCUUUGCAGUAGUAGGAAAAAAUGACAAGCUACGCUAGCUCGAUGGGGGACUAAUGCACUGCUGUAGAAUUGCAUGACGCAGAAUUAAGAAGAGCAAAUCCUGCAUUCUAUUUUAUACUUUGGAAGAAGGUAAAGUAAAACUAUUGCAAUAAAUAAUAUGAGACUGAACAAAACAAUGUAUUGCUGAUUUUUGUACCACUAUGAUUGUAGAAAUCCAUGACACAAAACUCCAGGGUAGAGGGGCUUCCAUUUGUCUGAAUUGCCCAGGUCCCUCAAGCUUGACCCUCUCCUUUGGUUUUGGAACAAUAAAGCAUCUGUCUUUCUGCAAAA